AUGGAACCAAAACGAAUGUUACAAUUAGCUAGUGCCAUAUUUAUUAAAUGUUUCGUCGAUAGGUUUGGUAUCACACGUGCAAUAUCCGAAGUUAUAGCUGAGAUCGUGAGAUUACGUGAACAGAAGAGUAUGAGUGUGAUUCAAGUAUUUAAAAAUCUUUGGUUGAAAUUUUUAACACCCACUACACCUCAACCAUUAGAUUCUGAUAAUAUUUUAUAUAAAGAAAAUUUUGAAAAUCCUGGUAAUAUUCCACUCGAAGGUGUCUCACCAUUGAACGACGGAAAAUAUUGGUUUGAGAGACGUAAGCGUACAUCUCGAGUCACGAGUGGGCAGCUUGAGAUAUUAUUGUCCAAGCUGGAAGCUAGUCCACAUUUGUACACAAAAAAAUUUAGUGGCCUGCACGGCAAGGAAUUUUUUGAAAAGGGCUGGAGGGAAGUUGCCGACGAGCUCAACCAGCUUCCCAACGGAUCCGUCAAGACGCCUGAGCAGUGGAUAACAGUAUGGAGAGACUUCAAAUGCCGGGCCUGCACUAAAGCGGCAAAAUUAAAACGAGAAAGAAUGCAGACCGGCAACCAAGGCAUCACCACUGCUCCACUGACUGAGGUGGAAAAAAAAAUUGUGUCGCUGAUAGGUGUUGAAUACACAUUUGGCAGCGACUGCCCUGACUCUAUGCCAGAGGAAGAAACAUUACAACAUGAGGUGGAGGCUGGAGUACAAAUGGUAGAAGUUGUUUGUUUGUAUCAAGGUAAUGAAUGCCAGUUGCUUGAGACUGAGAGAAACAAAGCAUCGCCAGCACCACAAAUUAUAGCAAGUGGCAGCAGAGCCACACCUGUUGCUUCACCAGCACCCAAUCAGCAACAGGUGCAAGAAGUAACUCUGCAGUCAGCAGCACCACAAAUAACAGAGAGAGGCAGCAGUGCAGCAGCUCUCAUCACAACACCACCCACUGUACGACAGGAGAGACCCAGAAGGAUAAGGAAUCUGAAUCCUCGCCGAUCUACUGCCGAGCAAGCGAAUAUAGCUCGGGAGGAUUUCCUGGCAGUUGCAAAAUCUAAUGCAGAUUCAAUGAGGAUGCUGGCAGAGGCUGCCAACAUUCAGGCCGAGGCUGCCAGAAUGCAGGCGGAGGCAGCAAAAGUUCAGGCCGAGGCAUUUCAUUUAUUAGCUCAGGCUGUUGACAAAAUUGGAGAUUUGCUUGUUAUUAAAAAUAAUAAAUAA